UUUGAAAGCACGGCCCGCAGUGGCCGAGCCUGCGGCUCCAAUGAGCGGCGAGGCCCGUGUGUCCUCACUUCCUCCGUCUCUUCAGGGCCACAGGGUGGCCAUUUUGGAUCUGGCUUUAACGGAAAGCGGCAGCAGGCGUCGGUGGAUGGAGCAGACACCGAGAGCGGUGUUCUCGGAGACCCAGCACCGCUGAAAAACAACCGGCUUCACACAUGAAGGCCGAGACCGAACGAAAAAACAGCGUUUCGUGGUGCUAACAGCUGUUCGUUUUUACUAACGAAACGUAGUGGGGUCGCCGGGGCCCUGCUGAGUGCGUUUUUUUCUCUCGGCACAGCCGGACAUCCGAAAUGUGAAACAGAGAGCCAGGAGCAUCAGGACAAACGGUUUCUUAGCCACCCAGCUGCUCGCUUUCUGUUGUUUCAGGACACCGUUUAGCGGGCUAGCCGAUGGCUCGACACCGGCGUUGGACCACAAAACCACACUCUUCACCGGGGGACGUCGCCUAACGUUAGCCUUUAUUUCAGUCAGGCUGAAGUUUUACGAAGUUUGCGUUGACCGUACGCUCGAAGUGCUCGGUAAACCAAUGGUGUCUAGUUAGCUAACGUUAGUGUAGCAAACUAAAUUACACUUUGCCUCACCUUCGCAAAAUCUGCUGCUUAAAAUUAAAACCCGGGGUCUCGUCAUCAGUGCAAUGUCAACAAGAACACCACUACCCACCGUCAACGAACGGAAAACUGAAAACCAUACUUCUAACGGUCAUGGCCGAGUGGAGGGAACCUCUCGGUCUGCAAGGUCCAGCGGUCGAAACCGGAAUUCAGGCAGUUCAGGAUCUGAAGAGCAACACCCUCAUGUGGGGAAUUACCGGCUCCUCAAAACCAUCGGAAAGGGCAACUUUGCCAAGGUCAAACUGGCCCGUCACAUCCUCACAGGCAGAGAGGUGGCAAUAAAAAUUAUUGACAAGACACAACUGAAUCCUACAAGCCUUCAAAAGCUCUUCAGGGAAGUCAGAAUAAUGAAGAUUUUAAACCAUCCAAAUAUCGUAAAGCUCUUUGAGGUGAUUGAGACUGAGAAGACUCUGUUUCUUGUGAUGGAGUAUGCCAGCGGAGGUGAGGUGUUUGACUACCUGGUGGCCCAUGGGAGGAUGAAAGAGAAAGAGGCCAGAGCUAAAUUUAGACAGAUUGUGUCUGCUGUGCAGUACUGUCACCAAAAGCACAUUGUUCACAGAGACCUGAAGGCUGAGAACCUGCUGUUGGAUGCUGAUAUGAAUAUAAAAAUCGCAGAUUUUGGCUUUAGUAAUGAGUUCACAGUCGGGAAUAAGUUGGACACAUUCUGCGGCAGUCCUCCCUAUGCGGCUCCUGAGCUCUUCCAGGGCAAGAAGUAUGACGGCCCUGAGGUGGACGUCUGGAGCCUGGGGGUCAUACUCUACACACUGGUCAGCGGAUCACUGCCGUUUGAUGGCCAGAACCUGAAGGAGCUCCGUGAACGUGUGUUGAGGGGUAAAUAUCGGAUUCCUUUCUACAUGUCUACUGACUGUGAGAAUCUUCUCAAGCGCUUCUUGGUGCUCAACCCUGCCAAGAGAGGAACACUAGAGCAAAUCAUGAAGGACCGCUGGAUUAACUCAGGCUCAGAGGAGGAUGAGCUCAAACCUUACACUGAGCCAGAGACUGACAUCUCUGACCAGAAGAGAAUAGAUGUGAUGGUCGGCAUGGGCUACUCUAGGGAGGAGAUCCAGGAGUCUUUGUCCAAGAUGAAAUAUGAUGAGAUCACAGCCACCUACUUGCUUUUGGGCAGGAAGGCCAAUGAGGAGGUGAGUGACUCCAGCUCCAACAGUAAUCUCUCCUUGGCGAAGAACAGACCCACCAGUGAGAUGAAUGGCCAAUCACCAGCUCACCUGAAGGUCCAGAGAAGUGUCUCAUCCAAUCAGAAAACCAGGCGCUACAGUGAUCAAGUGGGUGGUGUAGCUAACUCAGGGUUGAGUAAUGUCAAGAGGGCCGUCCCAGGCACAGCAGACGGUGAUGUCAAGCAGGACGGAGGGGUGGCAGGACGUAAGGCUCCAUCACACAGCCCGCCCAGCCCACUAUUGGGCAAUGCCAACAACCCCAACAAAGCGGACAUACCUGAGCGCAAAACGGGCACCUCUGUCACUCCCAAUAAUAACUCCGGAUCUGCGGGAAUGUCCCGGAGAAACACGUACGUUUGCAGUGAUAGGAACAACACGGAGCGCCUUUCUGUUAUUCCCAAUGGAAAGGAGAACAGCGUGACUUUGUCUCCUGACCAGCGAAACCCUGGUGCCUCCACUCAUAGCAUCAGCAAUGCUGCCACAACUGAUAAACUGCGUUUCCCACGAGGCACUGCAAGCCGCAGCACCUUCCAUGGGCAGCUGAGGGAGCGGCGUACCGCAACAUACAAUGGCCCGCCAGCCUCACCCACGCAGCCCCGCAGCCGUGGCAAUGCCAACAAUCUGCUCACCAAGCUGACCUCCAAACUUACACGCAGGGUCACUUUUGACCCGAACAAGCGGCAGUCUGCCGUCAAAUCAGGGCCGGGGGCCCCCUCUGGUCCCCCCACCCUCUCAGCCCCCUCCAACCCUGCGCCAAAGACUCUUAGUAAGUCUGUGCUCUUCUCCUCUACUCUCUCCCUCCCUCCCUCCGAGCCAUGCUCUUCUUCAUCCUUCACCUUCUGGCAACAUGCGACUCUGCAAAGGCCUACUCUUCCUCUGCCUCCUCUGAAUUGCAUUUCAUUCCUUUUUUUUUUUUGAAACCGUUUUUAAUAUCAUUAAACUCCAUCUUUUUUGCAGAUUCAGGAGCAGUGGCUAUAGGGAGUUGUAGGAAUGCGCAGAUGGAGAGUGUCUAGAGUAAGGGCUUAUUAAAAUGCACACAUAACGACACAGGUGUGUCUUUAGGAGAUAAAAGAAAGUGUCUGUUUGUGAGUAUUUGUGUCGUUAUGUGCUGUAUGCACACAUAGAUUGAGUGUGUGUGCGAGAGAGAAGGUUUGUGUGGAAGGGCUAUUUUAUUUUGGCACAUCUCAGUAGAACAUACACUCUCCUACACAUUCUCCCGCAUGAGCACAGCCUACGUAAAACCGUGGCUUAAAUGUAAAACUGUAUGCAUCCAGUGUGGGUUCACACAUAGCACAUGUAGGAGACUCUGCAGGGCUCCGAACCGGUUCAAGGAACAAAAACAAAGCCAGAAAUUAAAAGUAGUUUACUAGAAGCAAAAAAGGAAACCAGAAAUGUAUCCAUUCUCAGCUGUUCCAGAACAGAAACCAUAAAGUCACAAUAAAAGUCAGCUUUAUUGUUGUUUCUUCUUAUAAUAAAUGUGUUGAGAGCAACACAAAGAGGUUUAUCCAGGACAGUGCUACAAUUAAACUUCAAACAUCAGCAGAUGAUAAAUACAGAGAAACCAAUCAAACACUAUUCAAUAAACUUUUCUGUACGAUAAUAACUAUACAACUACACAACAAUUAAGCACAGGACAGUAGAGGCUAGACAUUUAAUAAGGGAUGGG